UGCAGAUCGUGUGCAUUGUCCCGAGCCCUGAUAUGAUUGGUCUAUCCCCCUGUGGACCCAGCCCUUGCCGUCCCGAUUUGGCAUUAGGGCUUCCCCCGAUCUAUCUUUAGGCCUGAUAUCCGAUGGUCUGUCCGAGUCUAGAUUCGCCUGCCCUGAUCUCUUUUAUUCGCUUCUCCUGCUCAUUUUCUUGCCGGUCAAAUUCUCUUUUUUCGCCCAUUCUCUACAUUCGUUUUGCUGUUGUUCCUUUCGUGCUAUACAUUCUUUUAAUUCUACACUCAUUCCUUCGUUACAAUGCACCUCUCGCAUCUCCUUGCAUUCGCCCUGUCCCUCGCGACCUCCGAGGCCGCCUACAAGGGCUUCAACUAUGGCGCAGCCAAGUCGGAUGGCAGCUCCAUGCAGCAGUCGGAUUUCCAAUCGCAAUUCGCAACGGCAAAGAAGCUGGUGGGCACUUCUGGCUUCAACAGCGCCAGACUGUACACCAUGAUUCAAGGUGGCACCACCAACACCCCCAUUUCCGCCAUCCCCGCCGCCAUCGCCGAAGAAACUUCCCUCCUCCUCGGUCUCUGGGCCUCGGGUGGAGGCAUGGACAACGAGCUGGCUGCGCUCAAGUCGGCCAUCAGCCAGUACGGAGAAUCCUUCACCAAGCUGGUAGUCGGUAUCUCGGUUGGCAGCGAGGAUCUCUACCGCAACUCCCAGGAAGGCGCCCAGGUCGACGCCGGCGUGGGAAUUGGCCCCGAGGAGCUCGUCUCAUACAUCAAGGAGGUCCGAUCGGCCAUUGCCGGCACCAGCUUGAGUGGCGCAUCGAUUGGCCAUGUCGACACCUGGACGGCAUGGACCAACGGCUCCAACUCGGCUGCCAUCGAUGCCGUCGACUGGCUCGGUUUUGACGGCUACCCUUACUACCAGAGCUCCAUGUCCAACUCCAUCUCCGAUGCAAAGGCCUUGUUCGACGAGUCCGUGGCCAAGACCAAGGCGGCUGCUGGCGACAAGGAAGUCUGGAUCACCGAAACUGGAUGGCCGGUCAGUGGGGACACCCAGAACCUCGCCGUGGCCUCGCCUGAAAACGCCAAAACAUACUGGGACGAGGUUGGCUGCCCAUUGUUCGGUGAGACCAACACGUGGUGGUACAUCCUCCAAGAUGCCAACCCUUCGACUCCCAACCCCAGCUUCGGCGUCGUCGGUAGCACUCUGUCCACUAGUCCCUUGUUCAACUUGACCUGCCCUGGUGAUUCUACCUCGUCCAAGUCGAGCAGCACUUCAGCUUCGUCCUCGACUGCAUCCGACUCUGUUGCUGUCUCUAGCACUGCUUCUGGAUCUGCCUCUGGAUCUGCCUCUGGAUCUGCCUCUGGAUCUGCCUCUGGAUCUGCCUCUGGAUCUGCCUCUGGAUCUGCCUCUGCCACCCCUUCGUCCACUGCUUCUAGUACUCGCGUCGGUGCCUCCAAGCCUACCUUCAGCGCUGGCAAAGGAAUGGGCAACUCGUUCAACUCCACUCGGGGUGGCUACCUGAACUCGACCACCGCUGGAUACCGUAACUCCACCUCCACCGGUGCUUUUCCCUUUGCUACCAAGUCCGGUAGCGCCUCUGGUGCCUCGUCGACCAAGGUCGGAAGCCCUGCCGGUGGCUCUGGCGCUUCUUCGUCCACUGGCUCGGGGGCUUCCUCUUCAUCUUCUGCUCUCGCAGCCAACUCUGCCGCCAGCCUUUCUGGCUCCACCUUUGGCGCUGUUGUUGCCGUCUGUGCAUUCAUGAUUGCCUUAUAAUAAACCAUUCGUUAGAGAUGAGCAUUGAUGGACAUUUACAUGUUAUCUCUCUCAUCCGAGUAUAUCUAUUCCACAAGCACAUAUUGGAACUACAAUUAACACAGUAAAUACAUGAUCUGUCUUUUGUACUCUGUAAACUAUCAUCUUACCCCUGUAUAUAUUCGACGUCACAUCUUGUUCC